AUGCAUCGGAACUAUUAUUCGAAUACAGAAAUUUACACAAAAAACGGAGGCUCAGAAGAUGUAAGAAAAAAGGUUUUAAGAUCGAGAAAGCCAUCUUUUUUUUCCUUCUUUAAUGACACUUCAAGUUCAAACGGGAACGAACUUGUAGGUUUUAGACGGUUCGCAAAAGCUUAUUUGUUUGGGGAUGGGACUGAUUCAUGUGGGACUGAUUCUUAUACACCUGUUAAGGCAAUUGCGAAUAAAAGACGUUCAAAGAAAGAACAUAAAAAUGAUCAGCAACUAUGGAAAAGACAGCAUCAUUCACAAGGUUGCUCAUUUUUUAUAGAAGAUGACAUUAAUAAAAAGGCAGAAACGGCAGUCAAGGAUUUAUACGGGAAUGGCAAAUACAACGGUCACGAUUCCGUUUUUAAAGGAGCUCAGUAUACGGAAGAAACAGAAUACAAUGAAAAAGCAACAGAGGCUCAGAAUUCUACCUUUCCCAAAACAAGAUCGGUGUCAAUAAACGAUAUUCCACGUGGCACAGGAAUUGGUAGCGUUUUGUCUCAAGUGCGUGGCGGAUCUUUGGAAAGAAUUGUGGUUUACAGGUAUGAUACUCCGGAACGCUCUUUGCAUAAAGUUGACCUAUUUUUCCUAAACUAUGAUGGGGCUCAGUCAUUUAUGAAGUAUGCGACGACGAAUAUUUUUAAAGUCAACGGGACUCAUUUAAGACCGGAGUGGAUUUUCCUUGAAAGCACAUAUGAAAAUAUUAUGAAAGAACAGUCGGUAAACAGAAUAUUAGAUGAGGAAAAACUUAUAUCAAGAUGCUUGAUCGUAAAAAAAAGUUCAUCAAAAACUAUAGUUACCAAACCAAGUCAAGACAAAUCACAAAGUUUGGAAAACAUUGACAUUCAAGAAUUAGAAAAGGAUUUCCAAAAUUUUGGGGAGGUUUUAGAAAUUACCCCCAUUGUAUCAAGGAAAUUAUGUGUUUCCAUAUUCUUUUAUGAUAUAUCCAGUGCUAUGAGAGCCAUGGAAGAAUACGAACAAAAGGGAUCGUAUUUAUAUAAUAAAUACUUCAAGACAUGGACAAUAUGGUAUGGAAAAGAUAUUACAGACCAGCCUUGUAUCGACCUGUAA